AUGGACAGUCUUCGACUGAAAAAUUUGGUGAAAGCGUUAGAAUCUUUUUUCGAAAAACUCCAAUUAAUAUCCCUGUCGAUGAUUGCCUCUAAGUUUCUUCCACUUCUUUUUGCUGCUACGGCAUAUGCUCAUUUCCGUAUCCCAUUUCCUGGUGAACGUAACUCCACCAACUUCCCCACGCAAUCGGAGGGUCCAUGCGGAGGGUCCAACUUCAUCAGACAGCCCAGGUUUGAGUGGAACCCCAAUGGGUCACCAAUCCAGAUUUAUUCUCAUCACAAUUUUGUGAUUGGAGGAAUCUACUUUUGCGAGGGCAAUGAUUGUCUGACAACGGCAGAUUUCGUUGAUGCCAAUGCUGUGUAUGAUCCUUUCCAUCUUCACAAGCCGGGCAACUUCUGCAUUCCCUCCCUUGACCUCGAUGCCAAGACUGGCACAAAUGGAACCAUCCAGGUUGCUCUUGUUGGAUCAGGUGAUUCAGAAGACGAGUACAGCUGGACCUACAACUGUGUUGAUGUGACCAUCUCCAAGGAAGGUCCUGUCUUCAAGAAUCAGUGUUCUAACAACACUGUUGAGAUCGUUUAUGUGGAUGAUUUUCCCAAUGGGGAUAUCAAAAAUGUGACCGACUUUACGCUUUUGGACGAGUAUUACGAGGGCACUGUUUCUGCGACUGGAACUGCAGACCCUUACAGUACAAUGGCUAUGAGUGGCAUGGACAUGAGUGGAAUGGACAUGGGCUCCUCAUCAACAUCUGCUAUGGAUAUGGACAUGGGUUCAACGGCUUCUUCUGCCAUGGACAUGGCUACUUCCACCGGCUCUUCGACUUCUUCCUCCUCCUCGUCAUCUUCAUCGUCCGCACUCGCCCCAGCUCUGGAUAUCAGCUACUUCCCACUUGCCAGUCUGUUUGGCUUCCUGUUGUUUAUCUAA